AUGUCGAAAAAGCCUGAUAAACCUCUUCACAUGUUUCGUGAAGUAUGGUCGAAAUUUGAAAACCGUGUAUCAACCAGGCUUAAACCGCAGGAACAAUGGGUUCACCCCAAAGACAGAAUUAAAAGGUGGAAAAUUGUUGAAGGCGAUACGGUCAAAGUCAUCGCAGGUGAUGCUAAACAUCAAAUUGGGAAGGUUAAGACGGUCGAUAUGUUUACAAAUAGAGUUUGGGUUGAUGGUGUAAAAGUGGGCAGAAAAACUUCGCCGAAUGAGAUUUCAAAUGCUCCUGAUCAAUCUGAAAAAAAGGGUGGAUGGUGGUUACGACCAACUAUGAAGGCGAUCCACGUAUCAAACGUUAUGCAUAUAUAUCCAGAUGAUUUGAAGGACGAUUCCAUUCCAGACAAAGAUAAGAGGCGUGUUAGAACUAGAUGGAAAAAAGUUGAAAUUGAUGGAAAUGGUACGAUGAGAUGGCGACGUGUAGUUUGUGGAACUGAUAAUGUCAUUAUCCCUUUUCCACCAAGGCCAGAAAA